UCAUUGUUGUCACCACCAACUCUAACGGUUCUUUGACUACCGAGACCAGCAUUGUCACCGGUGCUCCAACUGGUUGCCCAGAAUGUACCAGCUUCACUACUGUCAUCACCACUACUAACAGUAACGGUGUUACUACUACUGAAACUGAAGUUGUUGUUGUCACUACCAACUCUAACGGUUCUUUGACUACCGAGACCAGCAUUGUCACUGGUGCUCCAACUGGCUCUACUGUUAUCGUUGUUACCACUACCGUUUUGGGGACUGUCACUAGCUACACUACCACUUGUCCACUCUCUGGUUCUGUAUACACCACUACCGAACCAAAUGGCUCUGUCACGACUAUCACUACUUUGGUUCCUGUUACUUCUACUUCUGUUGAAGCUUCGACUGUCAUCGUUGUUACCACCACCGUUUUGGGGACUGUCACUAGCUACACUACCACUUGUCCACUCUCUGGUUCUGUAUACACCACUACCGAACCAAAUGGCUCUGUCACGACUGUCACUACUUUGGUUCCUGUCACUUCUACCCCUGUUGAAGCUUCGACUGUCAUCGUUGUUACCACUACCGUUUUGGGAACUGUAACUGUCUACACUACUACUUGUCCUCUUUCUGGGUCUGUUUACACUACUACUGAUGUGAACGGCUCGGUUACGACUGGCACAACCUUGGUUCCUGUCACUUCUGUCCCAGUUGAACCUUCUUCGACUGUGAUUGUUGUUACCGUUACUAUUUUGGAUAUUGUUACUAGCUACACCACUACCUGUCCACUCAGCAAGUCGGUCUUUACCUCUACUGAUGUGACUGGUGCUGUUUCAUCUGGUACUACCUACGUUCCUUUGGUCGAGUCUACGAUUGUUUCUACUGGUGCCAAUGGCGCUAUGACUACCGGAACUACUCUCGUUCCUCUUGCUCCAUCCGCCGCUGUUUCGGCUACUGAAGCUCCUAACGGUAGCCCAGGUGUUGCCGAAACCGCUGUUGGGACUACUGCUACUCCUGUCACUUACAUCACAGCCUCUACCGUUAAUAUUCGUGGCUCUAGCGUUGUUGUUUCUUACACUGUUACAGGUGCUACUGUCCCAUCUGGUGCUGUUUCUGUUGUUGCCCCAAGUGCAACUGGUGCCCCAAGUGCAGCUGGUGCCCCAGGUGCAGUCGGUACCCCAGCAUCUGUUUCUCUUAGCCCAGCCGCUACUUCUGGUGCUGGUUCGUCCUCUUCUGCAGUCCCAUCGGCCUCUGCUUUGGAGGGUAAGGCUUCUUCUUUGGCUUUGAACUACAGCACUUUCGGUGCAGUCUUCAUUGUUGUUUUUGGUAUUUUGUUCUAGUCUCGAUUCUGAACACAUUCUUUUUCUUCUGACGUAAACGUUAGUUUAUGUCGUGGCAAAUUUUCCAUGUUGGGGCUUAUUUACCCCUGUUUCAUCGAUGACUUAUUUGUCUUUUCGUUGCAGUACCUCGGAUAUUGUCUUAUGUCUUCUUUUUGUUUCUCAUUGUGUUUGAGUAAUACCCCCUUUGCUGCGGUUCGCACACGAAUGUCUCCUUUCAUGGGUUUGGACAUCUUUUCUGGUCGUUCAUGCUCCACCUAUU